CAGAGCUGCCCCGUGAAAGUUUGGAGCCGUGUCGGACACAGUUGCCGAGACCAGGUCGGCCCUACAGUCAUAGUACUCACUGUGUGGGCGAGGGGACACCUACUGCAGUUACUUCGUCUAGUUUGCUGAAGACUUCGUUUGCUGUCAAGCACAACAGACGUUACUGAUUGUCUUGUCAUUUGUUGUGAAAAGUUUUGAGAGUUCAGAGCUACCCCCGAGGAAAGUUUGGAGUCAUGUCGGCAACAGUAGGCGAGGAACCAGCCCUCCAGCCUCGGCAGGUCGUGGCGCAGGUGGAGGCCCUAGCGCGGCAGCUGGAGCGGGAGAACGCGCGGAUCCAGGCGGCGGGGAGGGCCGGGUUGUCCCGAGGGAAGGUGGCGGGGCUUCUGCAGGAGCUGACCGAGGUGCUGGAGGAGUGCGCGCGGGAGAGCGGGCAGCUGGUGGCCCGGAUCCGGCACGUACGGGGCGUGCUGUCCGGUACCAGGGACGGGCUCAGGCUGGCGGGCGGCAGGGACAGGUGUGCGAAAGAACACCAUGGAAAGGACGAUACUAAAGAGGCCUCCGUCGGAGAUCUCCGGAAAAGCGUCGACGAGGCGAUGACGGUGGCGGAAAAGGCCGAAGGCACGGUCGCCGAUGUUGCUCGGGAGGCGACGGCAGCCAUCUUGGAAGACGCGCAAGAAUUGAACCAUCUCGAGUGUAUCGAAGAUGAACCUGAGAAACCUGAAGACAUGAAAGCCACGGAGGAAAAGGACAAAGAGGAAUCUGUUUCUGAAUCUUCAAAUUCAAAUUCAGACGAAGUCGCUAACAAUCAUUCGGAAAACAUUCUUGUUGACAAACCAUUGGAAACAGAGGAAAAAGUAGCCGAUAAUGAGAAAGAAUCGGAAAAAGACAAAGUAAAAGAAGUUCGACCAGAUGAGAAAUCUGUCCAAGAAACGGAAAAGAAAGACGCUGAUAAGAAAGACGGUGAUAGUAAAGACAAUGACAGUAAAGAAAAGACUGAUAACAAAUCUACUUUGGUAGAAAUCGAUACAAAACACUCAACAGAAAAGAAAACUGCAACAACAAGCGAAGACAGACCGCCGGCAACGACAAAGACGAAAACACCUUCUACGGCCGAAAAGAAAAAGAGCAGCCGUGAACGGGAAGAAAUUAACCUUAACAAACCCCCAGAAGAGGACGACGAUGUGGAUCAAAUUGCACCGGCCAACCCUGGUAUCUGGAGCACAUUCCCGUGCGAUGCCCAAAACGAUGAUGGCCAAUCAGAACUCGCCUGUCUCAUCAAGGUCGACAUCCAGGCGGUCACCAGCUUCCCAGUCACGUGCCAAAUAACCAAUCACCUGGCGCCGUCCGCGCUUGCGCACAACGAGGAGCUGGUCAGUCACGUGGUCCAACUGUCGCCUGCGGGGCUGAAACUCCCGGUGCCCGCGGUCGUCUCGCUGCCCUACACAUGGUCUCGCCAUGUCUCGCGAGAACUGGCCGUAAAGAAGACCACCGACGGCGAGAACUGGAAAGAGGUACCACUGAAGGGAACGGAUGUCGUGUACAAAGACAGAAAGGUGAGCCCCGGCCUCCGGCUGCUGCACAAGCCCGUGGACAUCACCGUGCCGUGUCCGCUCAACCCCGCGGGCAACUGGGCACGGGACCCAACCAGGCCGGGCACCGCUGGGCUAGGCGGGCCCCGGAAGCUUGGCGGCUCCUCCCCGCGACCCGGUAGUUCCCCGGCCGGCAGGACGAGCGCGAUGGAGGAGGGGGGCAACGGGGACGACUAG